AUGGCUUCCUCUGAUUCUGACGCGGGAUCAUCCUCCGGCGACGAGGCGCAGGCUUUCACACUCCAGAUCUUAUCCCCGUCCAUCGGCGUCCCACAACCGCUCAACUUCAACAAUGUGCCUGAGACCAUUACCGUACGCCAGCUGAAAGAGCAGCUUCAGAACAGAAUAGAUACCAAGCCGGCCGCUCAGGCGCAGCGACUGAUCCACCGGGGACGUCUGCUGGCAACCGAUGAGGAUACUAUGCUUAAGAUAUUUGGAGAGGACGAGAUCCGUUCCGGCGCACCUCAGACUCUGCAUCUCGUCUUGCGCGAGACCUCCGACAUACGCCCUGCCAGUAUACCAUUGCCACCACACUCAAGUCAUAACCAGUCCGCCCCAAGUACGCACAACCAGCAGUCAGCACCGGCAGCUCCUCCACCACCGCCGCAGCAACCCCAACAACAGCAACCGCUCCCGCGUAACCCAAACCCUCAUGCGCCUUUUCCGCAUCUACCGCAGCUAUCACACGUACAUGCUGGUGCUCCGUUGCAAAACCUACCCUUUGGUUUCCAACAACCCGGUUUCCCGCAGCCCCCUGCCGUUGGAAUUCCCUCGCAAGCACACCCAGCUCACCUUCCAUUUGGUUUUGGUACACCUCAGCAGAUCGCCCAACAUCAGAGACAGUGGAUGACGAACAUGGCCGAUCCGCAAAGACUUCAAGAGAUCAUAAAUCAGACUCAGAGAGAAAGGGCGGCAUUGGGACUGAAUGGAGCACAGGAUGCCCACGUAGCAUCGACAGGGGCGGCGACUGGUCAACCCACCGAUAGGAACGCCUCGCCGUAUCAGCCCGAUGGCACGAGGACUGUUGUGCGCGAAGGAGUUGGGCCUGGAGGGCAGUCGUGGCGCAUCACAGUCAACGAGACUGUCACUACAACCCAGACACCUCAACGCAACCCAAGGACGGGAUCGCCAUUUCCGCCUGCAGACAUUUCGAACAUGUUUCGACCACCCGCUGGUGCACCUCAACCUCCGCGCUCCGUGCCCUUGGCCGGACCGCACGGAGCCCUGCACGGAGGACAGCUCUCUGGAGUCGAUGUUCACAAUAUAUUACGGACCGCCGAUGCAGGACAAGCGGCAACCCGGGUGAUGGCUGACGCGAUGCGACGUAAUACGAGCAACUCAUCACUGGUAAGUCUCGGAAAUAGCCAGGCAAAUCAACCGAUAGCACCAGGAGUCACGGUCCCAUCUAGAACAGGGAGCGCCAUGGGAACACCCGAUCCUAUCAGGGCGGCUCAGAACCACAGCCAGCCCACCAGUCAACAGCAAGCACAAGCCUCCGCUCCAACUGUUCCAGAAGUUUAUAUCCUAUCUUCCCCUGAGGGACCACGUGCGUUGUUGGUGAAUGGCAGCUCGAGCGCCUACUUCACUCCCCUGAGCCAACAAGCACUAGAAGCGCAAGCAUCGGCGGAACGGAUGAGGAGGCGUCAACUUUUAUAUCAGCAAAACAUGGGCGCGUUUGGUUUUCUUCCAGGGUUGGCACCACCACACGAUCAACAUCAACAGCAACAACAAAGAGUUCCAACAAGAACAAUUGGCUCAUGGUCACCACCUACUGGGGAUCAAGCCGUACAGCAACUUCAGCAGCAUCAGCACCAACAUCAGCAACCACAAGCUCAACCUCAAGCUCCAGCUCCCCUAGUGCAAGGCUUACCUGCGCUUCCCCAUGCCCAGCCGCAGAUGGGACAUGCAGUUGCCCGGCCAGGCAAUGUUCAGGUUCGUGCGAUUGCUGUAGCUCAAAUAUGGCCUCAUAUCUGGAUGGUUAUCCGUCUUGUUCUUUUUGUAUGGUGGUUUACUUCACCCACUGCUAGUUGGCAGCGAUGGUUCACAGUGAUGGCCAUCGCUUUGACGCUAUUCCUGGUCAAUACCGGACUGCUCACGCCAAUCGCCGAGCAGUUCUGGACCCCUCUGCGCAGACACUUGGAUAAUAUAAUGCCGGCGGCUGACAACCAUGGCCGUGACCGACCUGCGCCAGCUGAAAAUGCUGGAGCUGGUUACGAUCAUGCUGGAGCCCCGGGUGAACGGAGAGCACCAGACCCUGUUGAGACAGCUGCCCGUCUGGUACGGGAGAGAAGAGUCGCAAAUGGCAAUUGGCUUAUGACACAGGCACGUAGGCUAGAGCGAGCGGGUAUUCUCUUCCUCGCUAGCAUCGCACCAGGCGUUGCGGAGAGACACAUUGCUCAGCUCGAAGCUGAGGCCAGAGCCGAACGCCAGCGUCGGGAAGAGGCUGAGGCCGCAGCUGCGGAGGCUGCUAGAGUUGCUGCAGAGAACGCUCAGAGCGGCGAAGGCGCUGGUGCCGAUGCAGCAGGCCAGGCGGAACCAGCCAGAGAUGAUCCAGAAGCUCCGAGACCACACAACCCGGAAAAUCCUCUCAUUGCAAUUUAA